ACGUUUUUCAUUCAAAAUUAAAAACGAAUACUACAAAAAGCUGUUAAUAAACAUUUUUACGGUUAAUAUUAUUUAUAAUAUGUUAAAAAUUACGUGUCGGAUUUACCAGACGUCAGAAUGAAGUUUGACAUUACUUUAAAUAAAAACUAUUAGUGUGAAAUACUAUAAACAACGUUUAAAUAGUUUCUCGUUAAGUAGCGAGUGGAAACGAAUGGUUUUGAUAUGUAAUAUUUUCAUGUGUAAUUUCAAAUUUGCAAAGAAGGAUGUUUCGGGUGGUUUUGAGAUUGAAAAAAACGCGAUGUAUUACAAAAUGCGAAAAUUGAGAGACAUUGAAUGCGUGAAAAUGAAAGAAGCUUCCAAUGCUUUGGAAAUGAUUAGAAAUAGUACUAAAAGUAAUUGGAACGAAGAAAUUUUAGCAGAAAGCAUAUUAUUACAAUCCCAGUUGCGUUACAAACUAAUCGUCGAUAAAAUCUGCGAGAGCAAAGAUUUAUAUAUCGAAAUAAAGAAGCGCAAACUUAGUGGAUCCAUCACUUUAUCAAACAUACAAUUCGAACUUUUGUCAAAAGAUCAAAAAACCCCAACAGACUGCGCAACCUUCUAUCUACUCGCUAUAUCCCACGAUACCAUCGUUACGACAACCAAACCCAUCGAAGCUGAUGGUCAAGAUCGGCUUCUAUUUGACGAAGUUAUCACUGUAACAGAUUUAGACGAUGAUUUCGAAUUGAAGGCCGAGUUAUUUUCAAUCACAAUAUGUACCGAGAAACGAGGAAUAAUCGGAAAGCUAUUGAGAAAAAAACCAAAAUGUUGUUGUCCGAUCAAGAAAAUUUACUACGAAAAUGUGAAUACGUCGGAACUAAUUGAAUCCUCGAUUUUGAAGCCUUCUUUCAAAUCCUGCGGUACGUUUUUGAUAACCGCGCAGAAAUUCGGCAGUUCGAAAAUUCCUAUGCAGAAACAAGAAAUAUUUUCAGUAAGAAAUUACAUGAAAGCGAAUAUAUUAAUCGAGGACGUCACGUUAAAUACCGAUUUUUGUGGUUUUAUCACUCUAGGCGAAUUAGACCGGGAUAAUCACAUCAAUUUUUGGGAAAGAAAAUGGUGUUGUUUGCGGAAAAACACGCUGUAUAUCUACAAUUAUCCUCAGGACGAACAAUUCGAGAAAGAUCCUGUCGUCAAAAUGAAUUUAGAACAUUGCGUACCCCCUUUGACAAAAAACCCCGACGAAUGUCCUAGAAAGAGAAGUUUUGUAUUAAAAAUAGGAGUCCCCCGUAUAAUGGGUACAAAUAACGCGAAAUUUCGAUACAAAAAAGAUGAUUUUGUAUUUAAAAAAUAUUAUUUGAACGCCGAUAAUAAGGAAGAUUUCGAAAAUUGGACCGUUUUAUUGGAUUCUGCUUUAAAACAACUUUCUACGUGGAACAAAAUCAAAUUUAAAUAAUAAAAAAUCGUAUAACACAAGUUUUAUCGUAUUUUCAUACACAAUUUGUAAUAUAAAAUUAUCAUAAUAUAUAAAAA